GGCCUCAUCAACCGACCAACCAUGUCAGCUGCUCCGCGCCGCUCCCAGAGCCCCUUCCGGGAUGCCUCGGAGACGACCCCUCUCCUCGGUGACGGCCUGGAAGUCGACACCGAGGCCUCCACUCUCAUCGGCACUGCGACACCCACCGUCCGCUCCGGCGCCGGUACUCCCGGACCCGGCGACGAUGCACCCCCGGAGGUCAAGCCGGGAAAGCCCCUGCCGAAGCUUCAGAUCUUUCUCCUCUGCUACGCCCGGAUGACGGAGCCCAUCGCCUUCUUCUGCAUCUUUCCCUUCAUCGCCGAGAUGGUCCAGCGGAAUGGAAACCUACCCAAGUCUGACGUGGGCUUCUACAGCGGCCUCAUCGAGUCUUUGUUCUCGGCAACCCAGAUGCUGGUGCUCAUCAGCUGGGGCCGUCUCGCAGACCGCAUCGGCCGCAAGCCCAUCCUCGUCUUGACCCUCGUCGGCACAGCCGUCGGCCCAGCGCUCUUUGGCAUGGCAAAGACUCUUCCGCAGAUGAUUCUCUUCCGGUGCUUGGCGGGUGUCUUUUCAGGAUCCAGUCUUGUUAUUCGGACCAUGAUCUCGGAGCAUAGCACGCCUGAGACGCAGGCACGUGCCUUUAGCUGGUUUGCUUUUGCUGGAAACCUGGGACUGUUUAUUGGGCCCAUCAUUGGCGGUGCUCUGGCGAAUCCGGCCACUCAGUAUCCCGGAAGCUUUGGACACAACAAGUUCUUCCUCGAGUACCCCUAUGCUCUUCCAGGAUUUGUCACCGGUAUCAUCAGCGCCACGAGUGCCCUCACAAGCGCCCUUUUCCUCAAGGAGACCCUCAAGAAACAAGGCACGGACGAGCUAUCCCACCGAGAAAUCACCUCGUCAAAACCACCCCUAUCAACGUUGGAACUCCUCAAAGCCCCCGGCGUCGGCAUCGUCCUCUGGGUCUACGGCCACGUCAUGUUCCUCGCCUUUGCCUUUACAGCCAUCAUGCCGGUUGUGCUCUACACGCCCAUCGACAUGGGCGGCGUGGAGUUUGACUCUUUCAAGAUCUCCAUGUACAUGGCCCUCCAGGGAGCAGCCCAAGCCAUGUGGCUGGUCUUGGCGUUUCCCAUGCUGCAGCACCGUUUCGGCACGAAAAAUGUUAUGAAGCUGUGCGGAUUUGCGUACCCCUUUUUCUUUGCUGGGUAUAUUCUUCUCAACACGCUGCUUCGGGCCAACACACAUUUUACGACGGUUCUGUUUUGGACUUUUGGAGCCGUCGUUGCCAUUAUUGGCCCUGGUGUGUCGAUGGCGUUCACAGGUGUGCAGCUUGCGCUCAACGAUGCUGCCCCUGACUCUCAUGUCCUGGGGACUCUGAACGCUUUGGCCUUGACUCUUUCCAGUGGUAUUCGGUCCAUCGUGCCAGGUGCCGCUACGGCCAUUUAUGCUGUGGGAGUUCGAGGUCAGAUUCUUUGGGGUCAUCUUGCGUGGUUUAUUCUGGUUCCCCUUGCCGCGGCGUUUGCUGUUGCCUGCGAGUAUCUGCCAGAGGGCCGACGGCCAACAAAGGACGACAACGAGAAUGAAGAAAAUGAAGCUUGAUCUCCCUGACCCGUUUUGGAGUUGAUAUUUCAACAAGUGUGUGGUUGGGCUUGGCGAACUUUAUACGUUGUGAUGGAAAAAGGUGCGGCUGACCAGAGCACUCCCCUUCUUACGGACAUGGCAUGAAAAGGAGGGACUCGAUGCUGGAAGCCGCCUCAAGUGAGGUUAGAAAUCUUGGGAUGGUUGACUAGAUCAAACAUCUGGUGAGCUCUCUUAGUUUGGACGGGUUUCAAACAAACAGUGAGUCAGGGGGGAAAGACAUGAACUGUAUACAUUUUCUGCAUUCAAGAAACGGGCAGGAAAAGACUCUAGGAAGUCCUCGUUCAUGCCACAGUUUGCUUUUACGCUCCAACGGCGUGGGAUGCUUGAGAAUUCUAAACUGAUUGUAUCUGGACAAACGAUGGUCUUGGCAAGCUAACUUUUCUCACGCAUAGAAUACAGGGGUUUUUAGAUCAACUGAUAUUCAACCAUAUAUUCGUAUCU